AAAGCACGUCCACUUCCGGGUCACGACAGCCGCCGCGACCGUCUCGCCGGCGCUCCGCGGGUAAGCGCUCCUGCCCGAGCCUCGCGGGAUCAGCUUUUCCCUGGUUGCGGGCGUUUCCGUACUGUCGCCCCCUUCACCUUGGAUCAUGUUCAAGAAAUUCGACGAGAAGGAAAACGUGUCCAACUGCAUCCAGCUGAAAACGUCCGUUAUUAAGGGCAUUAAGAACCAGUUGACAGAGCAGUUUCCAGGCAUCGAACCGUGGCUUAACCAAAUCAUGCCCAAGAAAGACCCCGUCAAAAUAGUGCGGUGCCACGAGCACAUAGAGAUCCUCACGGUCAACGGGGAGCUGCUGUUUUUUAGACAAAGAGAAGGGCCUUUUUACCCGACGCUGAGGCUGCUCCACAAGUACCCGUUUAUCCUGCCGCGCCAGCAGGUGGAUAAAGGAGCCAUCAAAUUUGUCCUCAGUGGCGCGAACAUCAUGUGUCCAGGCCUGACGUCUCCCGGGGCCAAGCUGUACCCUGCCGCGGUGGAUACGGUGGUGGCCAUCAUGGCGGAAGGAAAACAGCACGCCCUGUGUGUCGGAGUCAUGAAGAUGUCUGCGGAAGACAUCGAGAAAGUCAACAAGGGGAUCGGCAUCGAAAAUAUCCAUUAUCUAAACGACGGACUGUGGCACAUGAAGACGUAUAAAUGAGCCGCAGAAGGAGUGCGCCUGCGCCGAUAUGGACAUUGUGCUGUGGCUGUGUUUGUGUCUGUGUGGCGGUAUGAAGACGGUACCUCUGUGGUUACGUCGAAUAAAUUCAAUGGAUGCUAAAAAAAAAAAAAAAAGUAAAGAUUUGGAAUGACG